GCCCGCCUACAAAACCGGCCUCCGCUCCCACCUGGACUCGCACCGAUUUCUCCUCGUCUCCAUCCUUAACCAGGAAGAUAGCAUCGCCAUCCCACAGAUUAGAUAGCGCCACCGCAAAGUUGCUGCUGCUGCUAUAUAGUAUCUCUUGCGGCCUCCAGGCUCCAGCGUCGAGGAUUAAUUGCCGCCGGCUUAAGGAAGCAAGACCUGAUCGACGGCCAUCCAGGGAGCUAGGCCAGGGAUACACAUACAUGGAGGCGCCGGCGGCCAGAGGAGGAGAGCGAAUGCGGCUGCGGGUAGUGGCGGUGGUGGUGGUGCUGGCGAUGGCGGCGGCGACGGCGCGGGCGCAGCUGCAGGUCGGGUACUACGACACGCUGUGCCCGGCGGCGGAGAUCAUCGUGCAGCAGGAGGUCAGCAAGGGCGUCUCCGGCAGCCCCGGCACCGCCGCCGGCCUCCUCCGGCUCCACUUCCACGACUGCUUCGUCAGGGGGUGCGACGGGUCGGUGCUGCUGGACUCGACGCCGGGCAACCAGGCGGAGAAGGACGCGGCGCCCAACUCGAGCCUGCGGGGGUUCGAGGUGAUCGACGCGGCCAAGACGCGGCUGGAGCAGGCCUGCUACGGCGUCGUCUCCUGCGCCGACGUGCUCGCCUUCGCCGCCAGAGACGCCCUCGCCCUGGUCGGAGGCAGCUCGUACCAGGUGCCGGCCGGGCGACGAGACGGCAACGUCUCCGUGGCGGGGGAGACCAACGGGAACCUGCCGCCGCCGACCGCCAACGUGAACCAGCUCAACCAGAUCUUCGGCUCCAAGGGCCUCUCCCAGGCCCAGAUGGUCGCGCUCUCAGGGGCGCACACGGUGGGGAUGGCGCAGUGCAGCUCCUUCAGCAGCCGGCUCUACUCGUACGGGACCAACGGCGGCAAGGACCCCAGCAUGGACCCGGCCUACCUGGCCACCCUGAGCACGCAGUGCCCGCAGUCCGGCGCCAGCCAGCCCGUGGCCAUGGACCCCGUCACCCCCAACACCUUCGACACCAACUACUACGCCAACGUCGCCGCCAACCGCGGCCUGCUCGCCUCCGACCAGGCGCUCCUCGCCGACAACAGCACCGCCGCGCAGGUCCUCGGCUACACCACCAGCCCCGGCACCUUCCAGACCGACUUCGCCAGUGCCAUGGUGGCCAUGGGCGCCAUCGGCGUGCUCACCGGCAACCAAGGCACCAUCAGGACCAACUGCAGGGUCGUCGGCUAGCUGCUCGUCCAUCAGGAACCUGAACUGAAUUUGGUUCUAGUAUAGAGUGUAAGAAGCUGUUUGAUCAUCCGUUUGGUCGAUCUGUACUAGCUAGCUAGCUUAGCUUAGCCCGACCGUCCUCUCUCUUCUUCUUCUUCAUCUUGCAGCAUACUUUCUUUCUCUGCUUUUGUAUUCUCUUGAUUAGCCUCUGUAUGUAUGUAUUACUAUCUAGCAACUGGACUGGGAACUGUAUGUAAUGACAUGAUCACAGCAUGAUUGGGUUGGGUACCAAUGUACCAAUAUACAGUGCUUAAUAAAAACCUAUACUACUA